GCGGAGAGAAACAUGGCGGCCGGCUUUGCGUGGUUCCUGGUGCUCGGCUCAGUUUUUCUGUGCAAUCUCAUGAAAACACUCCUGCCCAGCAUUUCCUCCAGUCUCUCAAAGAUGGUGCAGAAAGACGCUGAGCAGGAGAGCGACAUGAGGGCUGAAAUCCAGGAGAUGAAGAAGGAGCAGUCCUCAAUUAGCAUGAUGGAUGAGUUUGCUAGAUAUGCCAGACUGGAGCGCAAAAUCAACAAGAUGACAGACAAGCUGAAAACACACGUGAAAUCAAGAACAGCACAACAAGCCAAAAUGAAAUGGGUUGUGAACAUUGUCUUUUACAUACUGCAGGCUGCUGUGAUGAUCUCUUUGAUAUGGAAGUAUUACUCUGACCCAGUAACAGUGGUUCCUAGUAAAUGGAUUGCCCCUGUGGAGCGGCUCGUGGCCUUCCCAACAGGAGUGGCAGGUGGAGUGGGAAUCACAUGCUGGUUGGUGGUGUGCAACAAAGUAGUAACAUUGGGUCUCCAUGCCGUCAGCUAAAAAGUUCAGCUCUAAUAACAGAAGUUAAAUAAAGUGGUUUUCUAAGUUAUUGCCUAACAAUGAGUUGAUAAAUGCUAGGCUUAUUGUGUUAGCUGCUCAUGUCAGCAUAUAAAAUGCAGUGCAUUUUGUCAUUGGACAUUCAGUGUUAUAACAGCCUGGAUUUUUUUUGGUAAUUUUGUUGUAAGUGAAUUGUGUGUAUUGACCGUAUAUUUAAAACAGAAUGAUUUGGUUCAUGAAAUGCCUUUUUAAUAAGAAUAAAUAAGUAAAAUAAA